CUUAGACAGUGCCACCUAAAGCCGCUCUCCAUUCCUUUUCUUACAAGGAAAUUUGAAUGUGGAUAUUCUCAAAGAGAUUGGACUUAACUGAGUAACUGAAUCAAACCACAGCAGCAGAGAAGGAUGGAUGGAACCUCACUGGAUGUCUCUAAGCUACCACAGGCCUGCACCAUGGGCUUGCCUUGCCUUCCUGAAGACACCUGUGCCAAAGCCCCUCAGGUAGCGGGCAUCAAAGUUCAGCUGGAGACAUUUGGCCUGUGGCAGCAGUUUGAUCAGCUUGGAACUGAGAUGAUAGUCACCAAAGCUGGAAGGAGGAUGUUCCCUACCUUUCAAGUGCACAUCACAGGCAUGGAUCCUACAACAGAUUAUGUUCUCCUGAUGGACUUCAUACCUGUGGAUGACAAGAGAUACAGGUACGCCUUCCAUAGCUCUUCAUGGCUGGUAGCAGGGCGUGGAGAUGCAGCAGUACCUGGACGAGUCCACUUCCACCCUGACUCACCAGCACGUGGUGCCCAAUGGAUGAAGCAGACCGUCUCAUUCGACCGCCUUAAACUUACCAACAACCUCCUGGAUGAUAAUGGACACAUCAUCCUGAACUCCAUGCACCGAUACCAGCCUCGACUGCACGUGGUCCUGGUGGAUCAGCGAAGAGACAGUCAUCUCUCUGCCCAUCGCAACUUCUGCACCUUCUCUUUCCCUGAAACACGCUUCAUUGCCGUCACAGCAUACCAGAACCACAGGAUCACACAGCUCAAGAUAGCCAGUAAUCCCUUUGCGAAAGGCUUCCGCACUUCAGACCCUGAUAACUGGUCAACCAACGGUUCCAGACACCACUUUCCCCACUCCUCUUUGCCACUGCACCCUCAAGAUGGCCCUCCACAGACAGGCACUUUUGGUGAGGACCAGGGGGCAACGGAUAAAGAGCCUCUUAACAAGCAUUCGACUGGGCACUGUGGACUCCCCCAUUUCUCACACAGUGAGCUAGCCCUGCCAUUCACUGGGGAAGCAGCCAAUACCACUGACAGCAAAACGAGGGGGAAGAGUGCUCACCUUCACACAGCCCCUGUUUUUCUCCACUUUCACUGCGAAUAAAGGAGUCCCAAGCAGACAGCAGAACCUAGAACAUAGAAUUUUUAAUGUUUAAAUGAUUAUUUCAAGGCAACUGUUACCCGGUGCUGUGUCUUAAACUGCAUGUAUCUUUAUACUGCCAAUAAACAGAUUAAAAGUCACAGUCAAACAAUGUAUUUGAACAUUGUGGCAAUUAUUUAAAUGUUUGGUGAAAUAAAACCAUCCCUGACCAUCAGUAAA